AUGCCACACACCUCGGUGCCCGAUCAGCCGUUCAUGCGAUCGUCUCUGGGUCAGCCGCGCAACCAAGCACUGACUUCUGCUUCUAUCAUCACGAUCCAAAUGAAUUGCCCAAGUCGAGAGAAGUACAUAGAUGUUGCUGCUUCAUUUUUACGGGUAGAGUCCGGCCAUCAGCGGAUAUCGAUUGAUGGACGUAGAGACAUGCAGGAAGAACAAAACGAUUCCCAU